AUGUCCGGCCAACAAAAAACCGCCAUUCUCUCCGUCUACGAUAAGACUGGUCUUCUGGACCUUGCUAAGGGUCUUGUCGAUAAUGGUGUCCGUAUCCUUGCCUCUGGCGGUACUGCUAAAAUGGUCCGUGGCGCCGGGUUCCCCGUCGAAGACGUCAGCUCUAUCACUCACGCCCCUGAAAUGCUUGGUGGUCGUGUUAAGACUCUUCACCCAGCUGUUCACGGUGGUAUUCUCGCCAGAAACAUUGAGUCCGAUGAAAAGGACCUCGAGGCCCAGAACAUUGACAAGGUCGACUUUGUCGUCUGCAACCUCUACCCCUUCAAGGAGACUGUCUCCAAGGUUAACGUUACCAUUGACGAGGCCGUUGAGGAAAUCGACAUUGGUGGUGUCACUCUGCUCCGUGCUGCCGCCAAGAAUCACUCCCGUGUCACUAUUCUCUCGGACCCCUCCGAUUACCAUAUCUUCAUCCAAGAACUUUCUCAAGGUGGUGUUUCCGCCGAGACCCGCAACCGCCUUGCCCUCAAGGCCUUUGAGCACACUGCUGAGUACGACUCUACCAUUGCUGACUUCUUCCGCAAGCAAUACUCUGAGGAUAUUACUUAUCUCCCCCUCCGUUAUGGUGCCAACCCUCACCAAAAGCCCGCCCAGGCUUUUGUCACCAAGGGUGAGCUCCCCUUCAAGGUCCUGUCCGGAUCUCCUGGUUACAUUAACCUUCUCGAUGCCCUCAACUCUUGGCCUCUUGUGAAGGAGCUCUCUGCUGCUCUUUCUCUUCCUGCAGCUGCUUCCUUCAAGCAUGUUUCCCCCGCCGGUGCCGCCGUCGGUCUCCCCCUCUCUGAUGUCGAGAAGAAGCUCUACUUUGUUUCUGACAUUGAGAACCUCUCCCCCCUCGCCAAUGCCUACGCCCGUGCUCGUGGUGCUGACCGCAUGUCUUCCUUUGGCGACUGGAUUGCUCUUUCCAACAUUGUCGAUCUCCCCACCGCCCAGAUCAUCUCCAAGGAGGUCAGUGACGGUGUCAUUGCUCCUGGCUACGAGCCCGCUGCUCUCGAGAUUCUGAAGAAGAAGAAGGGUGGCAAGUACUGCGUUCUCCAAAUCGACCCCAACUACAACCCUGACUUGAUUGAGACCCGCCAGGUUUACGGUGUUUCUCUUCAACAAAAGCGCAAUGAUGCCAUCAUCAAUGCCUCUACAUUCAAGGAGAUUGUCUCUGACAAGAAGGAUCUCCCCGAGCAGGCCAUUAUCGACCUUACUGUCGCUACCAUUGCUCUUAAGUACACUCAGUCCAACUCUGUUUGCUACGCCAAGAACGGUAUGGUCAUUGGUCUGGGUGCUGGUCAGCAGUCCCGUAUCCACUGCACUCGUCUUGCUGGUGACAAGGCUGACAACUGGUGGCUCCGUCAGCACCCCCGUGUCCUUGCCUUUAAGUGGGCUCCUGGCACUAAGCGUCCCGAUAAGAGUAACGCCAUUGACCUCUACGUCUCCAACCAGAUCCCCACUGAGGGCCCUGAGAAGGUCGAGUACGAGUCUAAGUUUGCUGAGAUUCCUACUCCUCUGACUGCUGAGGAGCGCAAGGAGUGGAUCUCCAAGAACACUGGUGUUGCUCUUGCCUCCGAUGCCUUCUUCCCCUUCCCUGACAAUGUCUACAGAGCUGUUAGAUCUGGCGCCAGCUACAUCUCUGCUCCCUUUGGCUCUGUCCAGGACAAGGCUGUUCUUGCUGCUGCCAACUCUUUUGACUUGGUUUACGUCGAGAACAAUAUUAGACUUUUCCACCAUUAA